AUGGCUGAGAAAUCGAUUAGAUCGGAAGGCGACCGGAGAAGAGAGUUGAACCCUUCACCAUCUCAAGUGGGAGCGCAAUUGAAAAUCCAACGGCCAUCAGGCAGUUCCUCCUUCCGUCAAACAGACGAUGCAGAGCCUACAGCGAGAACAUCCUAUUUUAUUCCCGCCAUUGUUCGGUUGACCUCCAUAGAACGGAGAAGUGAAGAGAAGACGAGAAGCGAAAAGAGAGAGACAACAGAGCAGAAACCAGAGAGAGUAGUGAUGUGCGGAAGGUGCCGCUAUACUCUCAGGGCCGAUGAUAUCUCUAGGGCUUGCCAUCUCAACGGCCCUCCGGUCCGUUCCGUCGAUAUGGACCGGUAUCGGCCGUCAUAUAAUGUCUCACCGGGGUCGAAUCUGCCGGUUGUUCGGAGAGACGAUGGGUCCGACGGCCAAGGCGCGGUUCUGCACUGCAUGAAGUGGGGGCUUAUUCCCAGUUUCACCAAGAAAACCGAUAAACCUGAUCAUUACAAGAUGUUUAAUGCUCGAACUGAAUCAAUAUGUGAGAAGCCUUCUUUUCGCCGUCUUGUUCCCAAAAACAGGUGCCUGGUGGCCAUAGAAGGAUUUUACGAGUGGAAAAAAGAUGGGUCAAAAAAGCAACCUUAUUACAUUCAUUUUAAGGAUGGUCGGCCCCUUGUGCUUGCUGCUCUGUAUGAUUCUUGGAAAAAUUUGGAAGGAGAAACUUAUUACACCUUCACUAUUUUGACAACUUCAUCAUCAUCUGCUUUAAAUUGGUUGCAUGACAGGAUGCCUGUUAUCUUGGGUGACAAGGGAUCCACUGAUAUGUGGCUAACUAGUGCCGCAUCUACAAAAUUUGACGCAAUACUUAAGCCAUAUGAACAGCCAGACCUGGUCUGGUACCCAGUGACGCCUGCAAUGGGCAAGCCUUCUUUUGAUGGACCAGAGUGUAUUAAGGAGAUACAAUUGAAAGCUGAGGAGACGAACACAAUCUCAAAGUUCUUCUCAAAGAAGGGAAUCAAGAGUGAACAGCAGUCAUAUGUCAAAAAUACGCAUGAUGCACAUAUCAAAACAAGCCAGCUAAAAAGCUUGAAAGAAGAACCUGAGACUCCAGGCUGCACAGACAAGCCAAAACGCUUGGAAGAACCUGAAACUCAAGACAGCACAGGCAAGCCAAAACGCUUGAAAGAAGAACCAGAAACUGAAGAGGGCAUAUACCAUCAAUCAUUUCAAUCUCUUCCCGUGGAAGAUAAGGAUGAUUCAAAACCUAAUGUUUCUGCUCUCUGGCGUGAGGGAACCACAGAUUUCCAAAGCAAGCGGGGCUAUGAGGAGUUUUUGGCUGAUACAAAGUUAUCAACUAACGAAACUGCCAAGCUUAGUGCAAGUCCAAUGAGAAAGAAAGAAAAAGCAGGUGAUAAACAACCAACACUCUUUUCAUACUUUGGAAAAAAUUAGACUGCUCAUAUGUAAAUUACAGCGUCAGAUUUUGAUUUCUUGUUAGUGUUUAGUAACGAAUCCCAACUGCAGGGAUGAAACUGACAAGAAAGUUUGUUGUUUGGAAUGUAGAAACAGUCUAAUUUCUAGGCUGAAGGAAUGGGAAAUUUUUGUAAAACUGCCACUCAUUCAUCACUAGGAGUUGUAUUGCUUUGGAGCACUUUUGGUUGCCG